AUGGCGGCCAAGGUUUCCUUUCUCCUUCCAUUUUGCUUAAUCACUGCAAUCCUGACUGUCUCCUCCACUGCAGUAUUCGCACCCAGCACUGAGAGCCCGAGCUGGGUCCUGGAUGGAGCUCGAGCACGUUGUCACGGCUCCAUGGCAGAAUGCAUGAUGGAUGAAAUUGAAUACGAAAUGAACUCUGAGAUCAAUAGACGUAUAUUGGCAACUUCAAACUACAUAAGCUACGAAGCGCUCAAGGCCAACACGGUGCCAUGCUCGCGCAGGGGAGCUUCUUACUACAAUUGCCAGCCAGGUGCCGAGGCGAACCCCUACGACCGUGGCUGCAGUGCUAUUACUCGUUGCCGAAGCUAG